AUGGCGGAUGGCGGCUGCUCACGACCACGAGGCGAAGGCCUAGAGCUGGGGUGGUCAGAUGAUCACACCGCAGAAAUCCUAGAGAGGCUUGACAAGACCUUUUGGCGCUUCUGGUGGAAGCUGCAGAAGCUUACUUUCAUUCCCGUGGUCAGUCUACCACCGAGCGACAGGAAGGUUUAGGUCCAAUCAGAGAAGGGGCCUACCUCACCAAAAACUGAAGGCCGGCACGCACCAAGAAGCACCCAUAAUCAGGGCUAUUGAAGGCUACAGGAACCAACUUGGGCUACCAAUACACGACAAAACACCCCCCAAGCACCCACAAAGGCGACUCCCAAGGCACAAGCGGGAAGCCACAGCGCGGCAACCAAAAUCUGCACGACGGACUAACAGAACCCACCUACCUAGCUCACUGGGGCAGAACCGGAGCCUUCCCAGACCACAAGCCAUCAACAAUGUUGUCACAAACUCAACUCCACGCACGAGCCUGGGCUGACAACCCCAUCGAGCCUCACAAUGUCGCGGCAUCAACAGCCCGCACCAAGAACAUACCUAACGUGGGCAUCGGCUGA